UCGAUUAUCAAACAUGUAAUUACAAAUAUUAUCGCAUUUACCCCUUCUCUCUCUCUCUCUCACAUCGCGACCAUACUCCCAAAAUUUCACACCGUAUGCGAGUUCGAUAAAAGCGUAAUAGGACAGCAGCUUCACUGAUUCAACUCUCUCAACUCGAAAUUCAUGCAAAGAUGAGUUCUUUCUCAAUUACUCGCAAAAAAACACCUUUCCAGAAGCAUAGAGAAGAGGAAGAAGCAAAAAAGAAGAGAGAGGAUGAUGAAACAGCUCGUUUGUACGCCGAGUUUGUAGAGUCAUUUCAAGGGGACAAUGCUCCAGGGUCUAAAACUUUUGUUCGAGGUGGAACUAUCAAUCCCAAUGACAAAUUAAAGACUGAUUCUGAAGGUGAAAAGUCCAAAGAUGGGGUAUCUGUUCCAAAAAAGGGGAGUAGGUAUGUUCCAUCUUUUUUGCCACCUCCGAUGGCAAUCAAGGGAAAGGAAUCUGAGAAGAAGAAGGAGGAGGAAAGGCCAAAGGAAAAGGAGAAAAGCAAGACACGGAACAUAGAUCACUUCAUGGAGGAGCUGAAGCAUGAACAUGAGAUGAGGGAAAAGCGUAAUCUGGAACGUGAACGUUGGCGUGACGGGCGUACUGUUGAAAUUUCUGCUCCAUCUAGUCGAUUUGAUGAACUGCCUGACGAUUUUGAUCCGAGUGGAAAGGGAUCAUUUGAUGAUGGCGAUCCACAAACUACAAAUCUUUAUGUUGGAAAUCUAUCUCCUCAGGUUGAUGAAAAUUUUCUUCUACGGACUUUUGGUAGAUUUGGGCCUAUUGCUAGUGUGAAAAUAAUGUGGCCUAGAACAGAAGAAGAGCGAAGGAGGCAGAGAAAUUGUGGAUUUGUUGCAUUUAUGAAUAGAGCUGAUGGACAGGCUGCUAAAGAUGAAAUGCAAGGAGUUGUUGUUUAUGAAUAUGAGUUGAAGAUAGGGUGGGGUAAAUCUGUGGCUCUUCCAUCACAAGCUCUACCUGCUCCGCCACCGGGACAUAUGGCCAUCAGGAGUAAAGAGGGUGCCACUGUAAUUCUCUCUGGCCCAUCAGGCCCCCCAGUCACAUCAGUCCCAAAUCACAAUUCUGAACUGGUUCUAACACCAAAUGUUCCUGAUAUAAUGGUUGUUCCACCUGAUGAUGAUCAUCUCCGCCAUGUAAUUGAUACAAUGGCUCUGUAUGUUUUGGAUGGAGGAUGCGCUUUUGAACAAGCUAUCAUGGAAAGAGGCCGUGGGAAUUCUCUUUUCAACUUUCUGUUCGAGCUUGGAUCGAAGGAACAUACAUACUAUGUUUGGAGGCUCUAUUCUUUUGCUCAGGGUGAUACUCUUCAAAGAUGGCGAACAGAACCUUUUAUCAUGAUAACUGGUAGUGGAAGAUGGAUUCCACCAUCUCUACCCACAGCAAAGAGCCCAGAGCAUGAAAAGGAGUCUGGUAACACAUAUGCUGCAGGAAAAAGCAGGCGUGUUGACCCAGAACGAACCCUGACUGAUCCACAGAGGGAUGAGUUUGAGGAUAUGCUGCGUGCAUUAACAUUAGAAAGAAGUCAGAUAAAGGAUGCUAUGGGUUUUGCUUUGGAUAAUGCUGAUGCUGCAGGAGAGAUAGUUGAAGUUCUAACGGAGUCUCUGACUCUUAAAGAAACUCCAAUUCCGACUAAAGUGGCAAGGAUCAUGCUUGUCUCUGAUAUUCUUCAUAAUAGCAGUGCUCCUGUAAAAAAUGCUUCUGCAUACCGUACAAAAUUUGAAGCCACGCUGCCUGACAUUAUGGAGAGUUUUAAUGACUUGUAUCGUAGUAUAACUGGAAGGAUCACUGCUGAGGCCCUCAAGGAACGAGUUAUGAAAGUGUUGCAAGUUUGGUCGGACUGGUUUCUGUUUUCUGAUGCGUAUGUGAAUGGAUUACGGGCUACUUUUCUUCGAUCUAGUACCUCUGGUGUUAUUCCUUUUCAUUCCAUAUGUGGAGAUGCACCAGCAAUAGAGAAAAAGGUUACUUCAGAAGACACAGGUGAUGGCGGAAAGACCAGCCAAGAUGCUGCAUUGGCAAUGGGCAAAGGAGCAGCUAUGAAGGAGCUAUUGAGUCUGCCCCUUGCUGAGCUGGAAAGACGAUGCAGACAUAAUGGGUUGUCUCUUGUUGGUGGUAGAGAAAUGAUGGUUGCACGAUUGCUUAGUUUGGAAGAGGCAGAAAAACAGAGGGGCUAUGAAUUAGAUGAUAACUUGAAAGUUUCUCAGAGCCAUUUGAGUUCUAGUAAAUUUUCAAGUGGCCGCAGGGAAACAAAUGUUGAAUUGGAGCCAGUGUCAGAAUGGAAUGUUUAUGGGGAGGAUGACGUGCAGUCUCAAAGCAGAGCAUCUGCAUCUUUAGCGACCUUCCCCAUUCCUCAAGCGGAACUAAAAGCCUUCACAAAGAAAGAGAAAAAUGACCCUGUUUUGCCAGCCUCUAAAUGGGCUCGAGAUGACGACGACAGUGAUGAUGAGCAAAAGAGAAGUUCUAGAGGUUUGGGGUUGAGCUACUCCUCCUCUGGAAGUGAGAAUGCUGGUGAUGGCCUAGGUAAGGCUGAUGAUGAAAUGGAGUUUGCUACCGAUGGUAGCAUUUCUGUGCAACCUGACAGCGGCAUGAACGAAGAACAGAGACAAAAGUUGAGACGUUUGGAGGUUGCUUUGAUAGAAUAUCGUGAAUCCCUUGAGGAGCGCGGAAUGAAAAGUGCAGAGGAAAUUGAGAGGAAAGUUGCAAGCCAUCGAAAACGGCUACAAUCUGAUUAUGGCUUAUUGGACUCUUCUCAAGAUACCCCUGGGAACAGUAAGAGAGCAUCUUCAGAAAGGAGGGAUCGAAGGGAUGACAGCCGCGAAUCGUCAAGAAAGCGACACCGCAGCGAGAGUAGCAGUCGGAGCCCACAGCGGAAAACAUCAACCAGGGACAGGGAAAGGGAAAGGGAAAAUGAUUCAGAUAGGGACAGGGAAAGGCACAGGGCUCAUGAUUUGGAAAAUGAAAGGUGGGAGAGAGAUCAUCACGAGAAGAGUGGGAGUAGAGAGCGAGAUGAUCACGACAGAGACAGAGGCAGAGAAAAAGAUAGAGAUAGGGAUAGAAGGAGAAGAGUUAAGUAAGUUGAUCAGUUCAUGGCACCCAACGAUAUUGAAUUUCUUGGGCAGACAGGGUUGAUGCUUAGCAAAAUUGCAAUGGGUGGAUUUUUGUUUUGGAAAGGUUGGUCUGCAUAUUCAAGAUGUUAAGAAGAAGAGAUUAACUGGCUUAUAACUGUCUGCCACUGAAAAUACAAGAUUUCUACCUUCCUGGUGGAAACCCAUGGAAGGAAAUGCUUCUUGCUCAACAAUGUUGUAGUUAGAUGUAUUUUGAUCUCUCUAAAAUUUUUAAACGCUCGGUCAUGUUUUAAUGCUCAACUAUUCAAUGUAUUGCUUCAGCAAAUUAGGUGUUCUCAUGUUGCCAUCACAUGUAUAAUUUUUUUGCUUCUAAUUGGUUUCUCUUCUUGUGCUCUUA